AAUCAUUCAGGGUGACUGGAGGAUGAAUGUGACAGACUUACAAUGAACACUAGUUGUGCUCGUGCCAACACUCUUGAUUUCUCGGAUUUCACAAUGGAUUAGUUGAUAUUAACAGUUUGGGCGUUUGUAAAGAUCUUUCACCGUGUUCUCGAAGGAAUUGGAAAGUCUCUGGACAAUUUUCUAAGUCUUUCUGUGUCUUCUAGGUGGUCUUCAGUCUGUGGUCUCUGGAUGUGCACCCCAGUUUGUGUUUUUAGUACACACAAUGUGGUUGGUCUGUGGAGGACAUAUGGACCCUGGUGGAGUAUGGCACCAUCUGCUCCUAAGCGCAUCAAACGAAGAUCAUCAAAGAAUUUUAUAUCUCAAGACUUUGUUGAGCUGGAGUUCAAUGACCUUGUGUAUCCAACAAGAAUCAGGAUUCUUGAAACAUAUCAUCCAGGAGCUGUUGUUCGUAUUCUUGCUUGCAAUGCAUCUCCAGAAGCUCGACUGUCUAGUGGAGAGAUAAGGUGGGAAAUGUUAUGGAGUGGGCCUUCUCAAUGCAAGCAAGUGCCUCAAAAGAGUCGAGAGUUUGAGCCUCCUCUGAAGCAAAUCAAAUUUCCUACAAAAUUGAUUCGCCUUGAAUUUAAUCAUGAAGAUGCAGGUUAUUAUCCUGAAUUGGAUGCAGUUGAACUGUAUGGAGACCGAGUCAAAGCUAAGGGCAAAGUUGGUGUUGUGGACAGAGCUUUAGGGUUUCUGACAGAGCACACUGUCAAACUUCUCAAACAGCUCUCAUUGACUGAAUACGCUCCGUCUGAAGAGGCACUUGGAGAGUUUGGAUACUUUGGGCUUCUACCGGAUGAAUUGAUUCAGCACAUCAUGAGCUAUCUUGACCUUACCAGUCUGGGCAGAGCAGCACAAACAUGCAGCUUGUUGUUCCGCCACUGCUAUGAUCCUUCUCUCUAUUCAGAACUUGAUCUCCAGCCAUAUUGGAACACAAUUGAUGACUGCACACUAGAAGGGUUUCAGUCACGUUGCUCUCGGUUGGAGAAGAUCAGCUUGUCAUGGACUGGAGGAUGCGGCCACUUGACAGAGCAAGCAGUUGUGAGUUUCAUCAAGACAUCUGGAAGUCACCUUACAUGCUUGAGGUUGGCAUGCUGUCAGUUCAUACAGGAAGCUAGCAUAGAUGCAAUAGCAUCAAACUGUCUUGCCCUGAAAGAACUUGAUCUCCAGUCUUGUUUGCUGCCUGCUGAUGCUCUGUCUGGCCUUAGCCAGCUGUCUACUCUGAUAUCACUCAACCUUUACAGAUCGAAGGUCAAUGUGCCAGUCAUGCAGUCAAUCAUAAGGGCUAAUCCAGGGCUUCAACAUCUUAACCUUGGAGCUUGCUCAGUCAUUGACAAAUUUGAUGCUGUCACAGAGACAGUGGGAAAACAUUGCAAAGACUUCCUUUCAAUUGAUUUGUGGCGAGCUCGGACGUUUACAUCAGACGGUCUCAUCCUGUUAGCUCAACGUUGUCCAAACUUAGUAGAACUGGACAUCGGAUGGAUCUCAUUAGACUCUAAAAGUGGCUGCUUUGUGACUCUCUUCAAAAAUUGUAAGAAUCUCAAGAAAGUCUUCCUCACAGCCAUUAGGAGUGUCAGUGACAGUGACAUGGAAGCGUUGUUAAAAUUUUGUCCAAACAUGGAGCAGGUGGAUAUCCUGGGAACUAAGAAAGUCAGCCCGGGUUUGAUUCGUCGAGUUGCAUCUCAUUGCAAUUCGCUAAAGUUUUUUGAUGUGUCAUUUUGUGGUCAGUUGGAUCAGCAUGUUGUUGCAGACCUACGGAAGCAGUUUCCUCACAUUGACUUUAAGAGAAGCUUCAGCAUGUGAAGAACACGAGCAGAAAUGCUCAACUGUACCGAUUUUUAGCUUUUCGUAUUUUUUAAAUUAUUUUACGUUUUAUAUUUGUAUGUUUGAAGUGACACGACAAGGCA